CCAGCUCCCUAAAUUUGCUACAGAAUUACCUUUUAGAUCCAUUUGAAAAUGUAAACGUGAACGUGGCGUCUGUAAAUCGGAAGUCUGAAACAAGAAAUUAACAAGGAUUAACCAUGGUGUACGUUUCACUGUAAUGAAGGACAGAAAUGUCAUCUUGAUGAGCACACUACACAGAGAUGCCACCGUCAGCACCGAUGGGCACAGGAAGCCACACAUCAUCCUGGACUACAACAGAAACAAAGGGGGUGUUGACUGCCUUGAUAAGCUUACUGGUACCUACACUUGCAAACUCAAGUCAGCCCGUUGGCCCGUGGCUGUGUUCCACAACAUCCUGGAUGUGUCUGCAUAUAAUGCAUAUGUGGUGUGGACGGCACCCAGCCUGGAAUCGGGGGAAACCCUUCAAGAGGAGACUCUUCCUGGCAGAGCUUGGGAAAGCUUUGGUUAUUCCUCUGAUACAACAGCGCCAGCACCUUCCCCGCACACCAGCCUCUGCCAGUCUGGUGAGGAGUGUGCAGGGCCCAGCCACUCCUCUGUCACGUCCCACUCACCAAGCACGGGGACAGAAAAGGAAGAGGUGCAUGCUCUGUGUCCCCAGCAGUGGAGGCUGGUGACUUCCAGAAUUGAGGAGGCCAUUUUUUUCCGCUUGCUCACUUCACUCGCGAUGGAAUGUUCCCUGUUCUCUUAUCUGUCUUUGUGCUGGCCAAAGGCAUACUAUUUGGAGUGUAAGCUACAGUCAGAAAGUUCUGGCUGAUGAAAUUCAUUGUGCAGAGCUUAGCCUUGUGCCUUCCUGAAGAAAUGACAUUGCUGUAAGUCUAUGAGCCUGCCUGAUAAUUAAGCUGAGAAAUGACAUUUGGAUGUAAUAUAAAUGCCAAGUGAACACGUGUAAAAGGCAGGAAUUUUUAUUAUGUAGUUAAAAACAAUUUUGUUUAGCUUACAUUUUUCAUUCUUCUACAGCUUCAACAGGUAAUCACCAAUUUAAUCAAGUUUAGCAUAUAAAAAAGAUAAGAUAACACUUUCUUUAUCAUAUGUAGUUUUAUUCAAUAUAUUUAAUAUAAAAUAUGUAAAAAUAUGGUUCCAGUUGGCUUUAUCUAACGUUAACGUUAUCCACUAGAGGGCAGCACUCUAUUCGUAUUUAGAGUGAAUUUCCUCACAGAGCAACAAUUCGGUAAUUUGAUAUGGAAGAUUAUUAAAUUGACUUGUAAUAAAACGAAAUGGACUACAUUAAAAAUAAAACUGUUCAAUAAAUCCCAAAUGGUGUCUAACAUGACCUAUUGAAUGUCAUUCUCACUCCCUAGUAUCUGGAAUCUGCAUAUCUCCAGCCCAAGAGCUCAAAUUGCGCUAGAAUCUCGCCGACUUCCGAGGUAGUUUUAAGCAAAAGUGUUUGGCCAAAUGAGCUAUAAACUCCAGGGAUGAUAGCCAGGGGUGUUCGCUAAAUUCCCUGAAAAGCACAAGUUGAUAGGACACUCGUAGCCACUAUGGCGAGUGUUUGUUUGACUGAAGUGACUAGCGAAUUCUCAAAAUGGCUUCUGUGUUGAAUAGGAAAGGAAAGGAUAGUUGAUUCCAAAUGAACCAGUAGCAUGUGAUUGGACGAACAAAAUGUCAAUCUUUCAGCCCUGGACACAAUGCAUGGUGAGGCCAGGCCUCCGUUGCCCACCCAUUUUCAGCGAUCUGGCCAAUCACAUAUUGGCAUGAAAAAAAAUGCAUUACAUUGACUUCUAUGAGAAUCUCAUUUCCUAGGGGAGGCCUGGCCUGGCCUGGCCUCCCUUAAUACAAACUGAUAGGGAAAUCUGGCCUGUUGCUUUACAAUUGCAAUAUUGGGU